GAACCGCUGGCCCCGUGGGAGCGCGUAUUGCGCCACGCUCGAUCCUGCGCCGCGGGAGAGGAAAGGAGGCGCUUUAUCGCAGCGCGGACGUAACGCAGGAUCGAGUCUCGUGGACGCCGAGCUCUCGGACGGCUGCCGAUAUGAAGGCCGUGAUACAACGAGUGUCGAAGGCCUCGGUUUCAGAUGCCGACUAGUGAAUCGUAACAUCGAUAGCCUGCGAUUAAUAAUCAACAAUGGCAACCUCGGAAGACAAGAAGAGCACCGUACAAGAUGAGAGCAGCAAACCUGGAGAACAAGUUCAAGGUAAGAAGGUUGCGGAGACUGACGUGAGGAGCACAGAGAAUACGGACAGAGUAGAUAAAACGGACGAGUCAUCCAUUCCUAAAAAUGAUGUGGCCACUAAUGAACGACAGACACGCGAGAGCCAGACAGAUUCCGAGGAUACAGAAACUACGGAGCAGUUGAAAAAUCAGUUGGGUGUGUUGAUGAGCCAACUGGCCACUCUGUCGGCGGAAAAGUCGAAAAUGGAGGCGAAUUUCCAAAUGGAUAAGAAGCAAUUGAGAAGCGAGCGCGACGAAUGUGAGAAAGUGAUCAAAGAUCUGAAAGACAGGCUGAAGAAGGCUCAAAAUGUCAAUCAUUCCGAGAUCGAACACGUCAAGUGCAAAUUAAUCAUGGAGCGGCACGAGAGAGAGAAAGAACACGGCGACUUCGUCAAAAAGAUUAAAGAAUUACAGAAAUUACUGUAUGACGAGCAGCGCAGCAAGGAACAGUUGGAGGGGCAAUUGAAGACGCAUCUCGCAAAUAAGACGCAGUGCAAGAUUCUCGAAGCCGAGCUGGAGAUCACCAAGACCAAGCUGAAACAAGCCGAGGAGGCUGCGAAGGAGACACCGCCGCUUCUUCUUUCCCUGCAAGCUGAGAUGGCUGUGAUGAAGAAGCAACAUUUGAAUGCGAUUCGUGAAGAGCAAAAGAGAGCCGCCGCCGCGGAGCAGCAAGCGAGGGGUUCGGUUAUUGUACACGAGGCGAGAGUGGCUGGCUUGGAGGCUCGAUUAGCUGAACUCUCCGAGAUCGUCGGAGGCUACGACAGACUGAGGCAACAGGACCAAUUAGCUAUUCAGAAAUUGAAGGACCAAUUGGUCGCUCUGCAGGACACGGAGCACGGCGAAGUUGUGACGUCGGGUGACCACCCGGAGGAAAUUAUUUCUAAGAUAAAGUCCUUAUACACUCGCCUACUGAAUCUUGACAAUAAAAAGAAGGACUCGGCCCAUAUAAAGUCAUUAUUGAAUAGUUUGGACCUGCGGGAUGAGCAUUCGGAUUACAAGGAGAAGUACGACGUGCUUUUACAAGAAUUUGAAGACUACAGGCGUCAAGCAAUGUGCAAGUACAACAUGUCGUCUAACGUGCUUCGUAGUACUCAACAACAAAAGCACAGUCUGUCUCUGAUGCACGAUAAGGAUCAUGACAAGACUCAGUUGAAUCUUCUUAAGGUUCACAACAGCAACUUGGAGGAAAGGAUACGUAUGAUUAACAGUGAAAUGAUAAACAAAGAGAGAGUUUUACAGGAACAACUGGAGCAGCAACAAAAACUAUUUCAAGAAGAACAUUCGAAAUUAGAGCACACGUUGCAUCAAAAGGAUAACGAGUAUCGUAAUAGAAUAUCCGUACUGGAGCAACAAUUGCUGCGGCAAAGAGAGCGAUCUAUGGCGCUCGUGGAGGAAAAGGAUAAAGAGAUAGUGACUCUAAAAGCAUCGUUUCGCGCGUUACUACCUAAUAAGGAGACUGUCGGCGCAGCGGAAAAUAAGAAGAGAUACGAGAGUACCAUAGAGCCGGUUAGCGACCUGGUAACGGGAUUGCUGUCGAACGACAGCCCUCCGAUAUUGCACUACACUCAGGAAUUAGCCAGGAAGGAGGUGCAGGUGUCGUCGUCGAGGAAGAAGAUUUUGGAGUUGGAGGCAACGUUGAGAGAACAACAGAGGGAGAUGCUGCAUACAAAGGAACAGCAACAGGAAGAGAUUAAAAGGUUGAAAGCGUAUAUCAUUAGGCUGGAAGCGUGCAAAUCGAGGGAGGGUGCCAAUCUGGAGUAUCUGAAGAAUGUAUUUAUAAAUUACUUAACGACGAACGACGCGUCGAGCAAGCGGCACAUGUUAAAUGCCAUCUCAACAGUAUUGCGCUUUACACCCGACGAGUUGAGUAAAGUUAAACAUUAAGAAUAGAUAUUUUUUUAUCAUUAUAUAUAUAUAUAUAUUUCUCACAUAGAAAAAAAUAAAUACACAAACUCAUACGAGGUCUCUCAA